AGACUUGAGCACUAUUGUUUUUGUUUAAGUUCAGCAUUUAUUACGAAAAUUAAAGAAAUAUAGUUAAAUUAACAUAAUGUAUCAAUUACAAACGCGUUUACUUGAUAUUUUGAAUCUUCCGCUUGCUGAGAGAAUACAGCAAUUGAAGUUCUGCAUUGAAACAGGUCCAAUUAAGGAUUUGCAGGCAUUCUUUCCAGCAUUAGUACAAAAUAUAUUUGGGAUCAAUCCAUCAAACAAUGUUGGAUGGGGACUACGCACGAUUACUGCAGAAUCAUCUGAAUAUUAUAUGCUUUAUAACUUUUUCAAUCCACAUGAAACAUUUUUUCGAUUAAUUUACCGGCUUCAUACUGCAAAAUUUGAGUAUGCCUUUCCAGAUCUACCUCGUUCCCUUAAAUCGAUGUUGGAAGGAGCUAGAAUCGAUGGAUUCUACACAAAGCUCAUUAGCACUGAUCAUUUCCAGCCUAAAAUGUUGUCUUUGAAUGCAUUUGACUACUUUAUCCUACAUUUUGUGGCUUAUGGAACCAAGAACUUGCAUAAAAUAUCUGCAGCCGCAAUGACUGUUAAUAAUGAGAAUACAAUGACUGUUUAUUUCAACCUUGUAGCUGAUUACUUGUGUAACUUCCUCCCAAAUGAUCCAAACUCAGUCGUUUAUCCUCAAAUUGAUGCCUCACCAAUUAAACAUCCAGCUCCAAUAAUUUCAUCUUCAAUUGCACCAAUGAGACAGCCAAAAUAUCUACUUCUUUCAUCAUUAUCACAUCAAAUUCCAAGUCCAACAAAUCAACGAGAUGUUCGACUUGAAGGAACAAGAAGCAGUUCUGCAAAUUGGCGUAGUGAGACUGUUUUAAUGCUUUUCAUCGACUGCUGGCUAAGAUAUGAUAUGGACGAGACAUACGAAUUGCCAUCUAAUGAAUUUAUUCGUUUAUUAAGAAUUCUGGUCAAACAAUUACAUUAUUUUGGAAAUUGUGCAGAACAAGAUUCAUCAAGUUUAUCCAUUUUACGUCAACAAUCACAGAACUUGUUAAAUGCACGAAUGUAUUCAUUUUUAAAGACAAUAAUGGCACGCUGGCCUUUAGAUACUUCUUUUAUUAACGUUAUUGAACUUUGGCUCUCGUACAUCCAACCAUGGCGUUAUUUACAUAAUCGAAAUUUAAACAAUUUAAAUAAUGACAUCAUCGAUAUCCCAGAUCGUUUUAAGACAUUUAUAAAUGAGAAUUUAUUAAGUUUUACACAAAUAUUUGUGCGAUUACUUCCACGAUUUCUAAAAAUGGAUUUAGGACUCAACAAGAAUGCUCACAUGCUGUUUAGAAUCUUAAAAGUAUUUCGUCAACCUAGCGAGAUUCUUAAAAAUUAUGAGAGAAUCUUAAUUAACAGCAAUUCAGUCCAUAGAUCACAACAUUCAUCAUAUAUAAAUGAAACUUCAAAUACAGCACGUUCACCAAAUAAUUCAAUGAAUCGUUCAGGCGAUAAAUUUGCAUCGUUACAUCGUCAUGCUAGUCAAUCGGCACUGUUUGAUGAUAGCACCUAUAUAUGCAUGUUCAGUGAUGAAGUAACCAUGCAAAUUUAUGAAUUAAUGCAACGUGUAUAUUCGGCAAAGAUGAAAACAAACUUCGAAAUUGGUAAUAUGGAAAAGCUAAUGCAGCAAAACAUAACAUUAUGGGAAAGAUUUCUAAAGUUUAUUGGUUGGUUGAGUUCCUUGAAUUUCUCAUUUUCAAGAACAUUGGAUGAAAAGAAAAAGACACCAAUCUACCUCGAUUUUAUACUCGAUAUUUUAUCGCCAAUGUAUAGUAUUCCAAUUGAGGAGGCAACGAAAGAGUAUACAGCAAAUGCGACAAUAUUUGAGGAUAGUGAUAAUGAGACAAAUACAAGUUUUAUGAACAUUACACCGAGUUAUAUGAAAAGUCAAUUGAGUCAAAUUAAUUAUACAGGAGAUCCAGAAUUAUUGCCAAUAAUGAGUAGCGAAGUAAGACUAUUAGUUCGAUUAUUCUAUCCAAUAACGAGUAAAUUUAAUGAAAUGUUUGGAAAUGAAAUAAAUGCAAUUUGGAAUCGAGAAGAUUUUUAUGGAAAAGUUGGAAGACAAAUCUUAUCGCCACCUGUUGAAACGAGAGUUUUUGAUAAAUCUGCUGGAUAUGCGGAACUUCAAAUCCAUCAAAUUGGACCACGUCUAAGUCUAAGAAAGUUUGCUAAUAAGACAAAUUUAGCUAUUUUUGUUGCAUCCUUCAUAAUUGGUUGGAUCUUUUUUGGAGCAUCUAGUUUAGGUUUUAUUACAUAUAUUUUUGUCACUUUAAUCUAUUUGAUCGUUAAAGCCAUGUUUUCUUAAGUAAAUCAUUGUUGUCUCAUAUUUUGUCAUGGAAUAUAAAUAAGAAAUCUGGAAAAAUACUACUUUUUU